AUGCCGCUUGAUUAUUCAUCAGAAGACGCGACGACGUCAUCGAGAAAUGGUAUUCCGAACGGGGCGUUGACGGUGCUUAUUAUUGCCGCCAUCGCCAUCGUUUCAGUCGUCGUCACAUUAUUCUGCAUGUUGGUCAAUAAUCGGCGGAACGCACGCCUUCGGCAGCGCACAAAUCAGCAACGCGUACCAUCGAGUAUACUGUCGCGAAUAACGGCAGGCUCGAACAUAUCCUCGCCCGUUGAGACGCCGCGUCCCGCCAAUUUCCCGCCGAUGUACAUUUGCUCGUCAACGAUCGAUCCGAAAUUCGACGCGCCGCCGUCUUACGAGGAAGCGGUUCGCGCCAUGGUUGGACAACAACACGCCGCCACAAUCACACCAUUGGCGACACCGGGAACGAUGCAGGACGGAAUUGAGCAGACAAACGACAUUGGAACGAACGAAUCGGAAGCCGCUCAAAUCGACGUCGAAAUGGUUCACGCGGUUCCGAGCACCUCGCGUCGUUCGCCGCCAAUCGAUUCGCAAGUCUAA